CGACGGAUAUGGAACUGCUUCAGGAUCAAGUAGGUAAUAUACCGAAGAGGCAUGCCCGGGUCACCGUCAAGUACAAUAGGAAGGAGCUGCAGAAGCGGCUCGACGUGGAGAAGUGGAUCGAUGAGAAUCUGGAUCGGCUGUACACGGGUCAGGAAGAUGAUAUACCAGAGGAGGUGAACAUUGACGACUUGAUUGACCUGCCUAACGAUGAGGAUCGAGUCAAAAAGUUAAAGGAACUUUUGCAAAACUGCAGUAACAACACAGAGACCUUCAUCAGAGAGCUGGUGGGAAAGUUGGAGGGAGUUCACAAGCAGGAAGAGCUGCAGAGCGAAGGCAUUGAGCAUCCAGUCAUCUGCCACAGCCACCACCGCCACGAGCCCUACCACUUUAACAACCCACAGCAACACUCCCACAACACCCGAGGCCAAAACCAGACCCUCUGACAAAU